AUGGCAGAGGUUGCAGAACAAGCACAGAAUUGGAACUCUGCAGUGAUAUGUAUGGUACUGGGAGCUAACCCCCCAUUUGUUGUUUUUGAAGGCUUUGUCAAAAGGAUCUGGAGACGCUUAGGCAUUGAACGUGUUGUGCAGAUGAAUAUGGGGCUUACCAUUGUCAAAUUUAAUGAUGAGGUUACUCGUGAUUUUAUGCUAGAAACAGGGAUUGUGAAGUUUGACAAGAAACCAGUUAUAGUGAGACCCUGGUCUCAAGAUUCAGACACAGUAAGGUUAGUUCGUUUGGUGCCUCUUUGGAUUCGAUUGCCUAAUCUAGGUCUACAAUAUUGGGGUCAAAAAUGUCUUAGUGCUUUAGUUAUCACUAUAGGAAAACCAAUUAUGGUGGACAAGUUUACUAAGGAAAGAUCAAUGGUUAGAUUUGCAAGGGUUUUAGUUGAAAUGGAGAUUUCUGAUGAUCCCCCGUUUGUCAUCUAUUUUGUGAAUGAGAAAGGCCAAGUGCAAGAACAAUAUGUAGAGUAUGAAUGGCUUCCCAUCAAAUGUAGCAACUGCAAGGGAUAUGGCCAUAACAUGGCAGAAUGCAAGAAUCAGGGUCCAAAAACAUGGGCAAAGAAGAAUGUGACUGAAAAGAAGACUGUUGGAGUUAAUGCUGGUACUGAGAUUCAGAUGGCUGCUGCAAUAUCAACAGUUUCAGCUGGGGAAACUAUGGUAACUAAGGAAACUAGAGAGAAACAAGAUGUGGCAGGAACAGAAACUCAAAAGGAAAUUAAGGAAGGGGGAAGCACACAGGGAAAUCUUUUAACUCUUGAACAUGACAACAAAGAAAAUUGGGAGGUUCCUAAGAGAGUGGGGAACUUAAAGAGCAUAGGGAAGUUGGUGAUGACUGAUAAAGGGAAAAGAUAG